AUGCAGAUAUCCUGCUACGCGGUGCUUGAUCCCUUUAGGGAGGCGCCUAAACGCUCUCAAAUCCUCUAUGAGGAUGGUCUACGGCCAAGAUGGCGGACAACUGCUGGAGUAGAGCCAGGCAGUGGAGUAGCUAGUGGAGUGGCUAGUGGAGUGGCUAGUGGAGUGGCUAGUGGAGUGGCUAGUGGAGUGGCUAGUGGAGUGGCUAGUGGCGUGGCUAGUGGAGUGGCUAGUGGCGUGGCUAGUGGCGUGGCUAGUGGCGUGGCUAGUGGAGUGGCUAGUGGAGUGGCUAGUGGAGUGGCUAGUGGAGUGGCUAGUGGAGUGGCUAGUGGCGUGGCUAGUGGAGUGGCUAGUGGAGUGGCUAGUGGCGUGGCUAGUGGCGUGGCUAGUGGAGUGGCUAGUGGCGUGGCUAGUUGCGUGGCUAGUGGCGUGGCUAGUGGAGUGGCUAGUGGCGUGGCUAGUGGCGUGGCUAGUUGCGUGGCUAGUGGCGUGGCUAGUGGAGUGGCUAGUGGAGUGGCUAGUGGAGUGGCUAGUGGAGUGGCUAGUGGAGUGGCUAGAGGCGUGGCUAGUGGAGUGGCUAGUGGAGUGGCUAGUGGUGUGGCUAGUGGAGUGGCUAGUGGCGUGGCUAGUGGCGUGGCUAGAGGCGUGGCUAGUGGAGUGGCUAGUGGAGUGGCUAGUGGAGUGGCUAGUGGCGUGGCUAGAGGCGUGGCUAGUGGAGUGGCUAGUGGCGUGGCUAGUGGAGUGGCUAGUGGCGUGGCUAGUGGAGUGGCUAGAGGCGUGGCUAGUGGAGUGGCUAGUGGAGUGGCUAGUGGAGUGGCUAGUGGAGUGGCUAGUGGAGUGGCUAGUGGCGUGGCUAGUGGCGUGGCUAGUGGCGUGGCUAGAGGCGUGGCUAGUGGAGUGGCUCGUGGAGUGGCUAGUGGAGUGGCUAGUGGAGUGGCUAGUGGAGUGGCUAGUGGAGUGGCUAGUGGCGUGGCUAGAGGCGUGGCUAGUGGAGUGGCUAGUGGAGUGGCUAGUGGAGUGGCUAGUGGCGUGGCUAGAGGCGUGGCUAGUGGAGUGGCUAGUGGCGUGGCUAGUGGAGUGGCUAGUGGAGUGGCUAGUGGAGUGGCUAGUGGAGUGGCUAGUGGCGUGGCUAGUGGCGUGGCUAGAGGCGUGGCUAGAGGCGUGGCUAGUGGCGUGGCUAGUGGCGUGGCUAGUGGCGUGGCUAGAGGCGUGGCUAGUGGAGUGGCUAGUGGAGUGGCUAGUGGAGUGGCUAGUGGAGUGGCUAGUGGAGUGGCUAGUGGAGUGGCUAGUGGCGUGGCUAGUGGCGUGGCUAGUGGAGUGGCUAGUGGCGUGGCUAGUGGAGUGGCUAGUGGCGUGGCUAGUUGCGUGGCUAGUGGCGUGGCUAGUGGAGUGGCUAGUGGAGUGGCUAGUGGAGUGGCUAGUGGCGUGGCUAGAGGCGUGGCUAGUGGAGUGGCUAGUGGCGUGGCUAGUGGAGUGGCUAGUGGCGUGGCUAGUGGAGUGGCUAGUGGCGUGGCUAGUGGAGUGGCUAGUGGCGUGGCUAGUGGCGUGGUUAGAGGCGUGGCUAGUGGAGUGGCUAGUGGCGUGGCUAGUGGAGUGGCUAGUGGCGUGGCUAGUGGCGUGGCUAGUGGCGUGGCUAGUGGCGUGGCUAGAGGCGUGGCUAGUGGCGUGGCUAGUGGCGUGGCUAGUGACGUGGCUAGAGUGGCUAGUGGAGUGGCUAGUGGAGUGGCUAGUGGCGUGGCUAGUGGAGUGGCUAGUGGAGUGGCUAGUGGCGUGGCUAGUGGAGUGGCUAGUGGCGUGGCUAGUGGAGUGGCUAGUGGCGUGGCUAGUGGAGUGGCUAGUGGCGUGGCUAGUGGAGUGGCUAGUGGCGUGGCUAGUGGAGUGGCUAGUGGCGUGGCUAGUGGCGUGGCUAGUUGCGUGGCUAGUGGCGUGGCUAGUGGAGUGGCUAGUGGAGUGGCUAGUGGAGUGGCUAGUGGCGUGGCUAGAGGCGUGGCUAGUGGAGUGGCUAGUGGCGUGGCUAGUGGAGUGGCUAGUGGAGUGGCUAGUGGAGUGGCUAGUGGAGUGGCUAGUGGCGUGGCUAGUGGCGUGGCUAGAGGCGUGGCUAGUGGAGUGGCUAGUGGCGUGGCUAGUGGAGUGGCUAGUGGCGUGGCUAGUGGCGUGGCUAGUGGCGUGGCUAGUGGCGUGGCUAGAGGCGUGGCUAGUGGCGUGGCUAGUGGCGUGGCUAGUGGCGUGGCUAGAGGCGUGGCUAGUGGCGUGGCUAGUGGCGUGGCUAGUGACGUGGCUAGAGUGGCUAGUGGAGUGGCUAGUGGAGUGGCUAGUGGAGUGGCUAGUGGCGUGGCUAGUGGCGUGGCUAGUGGCGUGGCUAGUGGAGUGGCUAGUGGCGUGGCUAGUGGAGUGGCUAGUGGCGUGGCUAGUGGAGUGGCUAGUGGCGUGGCUAGUGGAGUGGCUAGUGGCGUGGCUAGUGGAGUGGCUAGUGGCGUGGCUAGUGGCGUGGCUAGUGGUGAACUAUAG